AUGGCUUGUUUUAGGCUCUUCACCUCUCUCUACUGCACCCUCCCUCUCCUUGCCCUUCUUCUAGUUCUCUUCUCCUCCUCUUCCUAUACUUCACUAGCUAUAGUUGAUGAGUCUUCAUUAUCAUCACCUGUUCCUAAAGACUCAAUCUGCAAAUCAACCCCAUAUCCUAACCAUUGCAAAUCAGUGCUUCCAUCAAAUAAGUCAUCCAAUGUAUAUGACUAUGGUCGCUUCUCUGUCAGUGAGUCUCUAUCAUCAGCAAAGAAGUUCUUGCGUCUUGUAAACAAGUAUCUUAGAGACAAAACCUUAUCAGUAAUGGCAGUUCGAGCCCUAGAAGAUUGUCAGCUUCUUGCAGAGCUGAACAUAGAUUUCUUGUUAAAUUCCUCCACAACAGUCAAUUCAACACAAAACCUCGCCACCUUACAAGCAGAUGAUGUGCAAACACUUCUUAGUGCAAUUCUAACUAACCAGCAAACUUGUUUAGAUGGACUUCAAACAACUUCAUCAGCUUGGAAUGUGAAGGAUGGUCUCUACACUCCUCUCUCUAAUAACACUAUGCUUUAUAGUGUUUCUUUGGCACUCUUCACCAAAGGUUGGGUUCAUAAACAGAAGAAAACACAUCAAGGGAGGGAACUCAUGAUGUUCUCUAGAAUGGGAAUUGAUCGAAAUGGUCGAUUUGGUUUGAGAAUGAAGAAUCAUCACCGCGAGAUCUAUGAAUCAAUCAGUGGAAGGAAAUUAGCUCAGCACACAACACAAAAUCAAGUUAAAGUGAGAGAUAUGGUGGUGGUGAAGAAGGAUGGGAGUGGAAAUUUCACUACCAUUCAUGAAGCCCUUGCUGCAGCUCCCAACAAUACUAAUAUCACUGAUGGUUAUUUCAUGAUUUAUGUAGUCGCCGGCGUCUACGACGAAUACGUAACUGUUGGGCAAAACAAAUUGAAUGUUAUGAUGGUUGGAGAUGGUAUCAGGAAGACUGUGAUCACAGGCAAUCGAAGUGUUGCUGAUGGAUGGACUACUUUCAAUUCUGCAACCUUCAUUGUACUUGGGCAAAGAUUUGUUGCAGUUAAUAUGACAUUCCGAAACACUGCCGGAGCAAAUAAGAGUCAGGCGGUGGCGGUUCGGAACAGUGCCGAUCUGUCGACAUUUUACAAAUGUAGCUUUGAAGCAUAUCAGGAUACCUUAUAUGCACAUUCCCUCAGACAAUUCUAUAGCAAAUGUGAUAUAUAUGGAACUAUAGAUUUCAUAUUUGGUAAUGCAGCUGCAGUUUUCCAAAGUUGUGAUAUCUAUGCAAGACUACCACUGCAACAACAAUAUAAUACAAUCACUGCUCAAGGUAGAACAGAUCCAAAUCAGAAUACUGGAACUUCUCUUCAUGGUUGCAAGAUUAGAUCAACCGUGCAAUUGGCUUCUAGUAAUCGAACUGUUAUGACAUUCUUGGGUAGACCAUGGAGACCAUAUUCAAGAACUGUUAUUAUGCAAUCUUUUAUUGAUGGAUUGGUAGAUCCUGCUGGUUGGAUUGAUUGGGGUGGUAAUACAACAGAUUUGAGUAGUUUAUAUUAUGCAGAGUUUAAUAAUACAGGAACAGGAGCAGUGACUACAAAUAGAGUUCAAUGGCCUGGUUACCAUUUGAUUAAUGCUACAGAUGCUUCCAACUUCACUGUCUCUGGUUUUCUGUUAGGGGAUCGCUGGUUAAAUGGAACUGGAGUUCCUUAUACUGCUGGCUUUUUAAAAACUUUACCUUCUCUUUCUUAG